GUCGGCUCCGGGAGCCGUGACGAGUCCGGAAGCGGCUGCGCGCGCCCCGCGGCGUCAGAACUAGUUUGGUUCCUGGACCUGCGGACUGGACUGGACCCCCCACCCCCGCCACCGCACCUUGGGACGGAGCCCCGGGCAGGACCCCCACGGCCGCCUCCCGCGCCGCAGCCAUGUCCAGCAACAGCUUCGCUUACAAUGACCAGUCCGGAGGCGGGGAGGCGACGGAGCUGGGGCAGGAGGCGACCUCGACCAUGUCCUCCUCGGGCGCCUUCGGCCUCUUUAGCAGCGACAUGAAGAAAAAUGAAGAUCUAAAGCAAAUGUUGGAAAGCAAUAAAGAUUCUGCUAAAUUGGAUGCUAUGAAACGAAUUGUUGGGAUGAUUGCAAAAGGGAAAAAUGCAUCUGAACUGUUUCCUGCUGUUGUGAAGAAUGUGGCGAGUAAAAAUAUUGAGAUCAAGAAGUUAGUAUAUGUUUAUCUGGUUCGAUAUGCAGAAGAACAGCAGGAUCUGGCUCUCCUGUCCAUAAGCACUUUCCAGCGAGCUCUGAAGGACCCAAAUCAACUAAUUCGUGCAAGUGCUCUGAGAGUUCUGUCAAGUAUUAGAGUGCCAAUCAUUGUACCUAUUAUGAUGCUUGCUAUUAAGGAAGCUUCUGCUGAUUUGUCACCUUACGUUAGGAAGAACGCAGCUCAUGCAAUACAGAAAUUGUACAGCCUUGAUCCAGAGCAGAAAGAAAUGUUAAUUGAAGUAAUUGAAAAACUCUUGAAGGAUAAAAGCACACUGGUUGCUGGUAGUGUUGUGAUGGCCUUUGAAGAAGUCUGCCCAGAUAGAAUAGAUCUGAUCCACAGGAAUUACCGCAAGUUAUGUAAUUUACUGAUUGAUGUUGAAGAGUGGGGACAGGUUGUCAUUAUCCACAUGCUCACGCGCUAUGCUCGUACACAGUUUGUCAGUCCUUGGAAAGAGGAUGAUGGCUUGGAGGACAAAGAAAAGGAUUUUUAUGAAUCUGAUGAUGAAGAGAAGGAAAUGACUGACAAAAAGAAGAAGCCAUAUAUUAUGGAUCCAGACCAUAGACUUUUAAUUAGAAAUACUAAACCUUUGCUUCAGAGCAGGAAUGCAGCGGUGGUCAUGGCAGUUGCUCAGCUAUAUUGGCACAUAGCACCAAAAUCCGAAGCCAGUAUUAUUUCUAAAUCACUAGUGCGUUUACUUCGCAGCAAUCGGGAAGUACAGUACAUUGUCCUACAGAAUAUAGCAACUAUGUCAAUUCAAAGAAAGGGUAUGUUUGAACCAUAUCUGAAGAGUUUCUACGUUAGGUCCACAGAUCCAACUAUGAUCAAAACGCUUAAGCUUGAAAUUUUGACAAACUUGGCAAAUGAAACCAACAUAUCAACUCUUCUUCGAGAAUUUCAGACCUAUGUGAAGAGCCAGGAUAAACUCUUUGCCGCAGCCACUAUUCAAACCAUAGGCCGCUGUGCAACGAACAUCUCAGAGGUCUCUGACACUUGCCUCAAUGGCCUGGUGUGCUUGCUCUCCAACAGGGAUGAAAUAGUUGUCGCAGAAAGUGUGGUUGUUAUUAAAAAAUUACUACAGAUGCAGCCUACACAGCAUGGUGAAAUUAUUAAACAUAUGGCCAAACUCUUGGACAGUAUUUCUGUUCCUGUGGCUCGAGCAAGUAUUCUUUGGCUAAUUGGAGAGAACUGUGAACGAGUCCCUAAAAUUGCCCCUGAUGUGUUGAGGAAAAUGGCUAAAAGUUUCACUAGUGAAGAUGACCUGGUAAAACUGCAGAUUUUAAACUUGGGAGCAAAAUUGUAUUUAACCAACUCCAAACAGACAAAAUUGCUUACCCAGUACAUAUUAAAUCUCGGCAAGUAUGAUCAAAACUACGACAUCAGAGACCGUACAAGAUUUAUUAGGCAGCUUAUUGUUCCGAAUGAGAAGAGCGGAGCUUUAAGUAAAUAUGCCAAAAAAAUAUUCCUGGCGCAGAAACCUGCACCGCUGCUUGAAUCUCCUUUUAAAGAUAGAGAUCAUUUCCAACUUGGCACUUUAUCUCAUACUCUGAACACUAAAGCUACGGGAUACCUGGAAUUAUCUAAUUGGCCAGAGGUGGCGCCUGACCCGUCAGUUCGAAAUGUAGAAGUCAUCGAGUUGGCCAAAGAAUGGACUCCAGCAAUAGGAAAAGCAAAUAAAGAAGACCCUGUUAAGAAAUUUUACUCUGACUCUGAGGAGGAAGAGGAUUCUUCCGAGAGCAGCGGUGACAGCGAGAGUGAAUCUGGGAGUGAAAGUGGAGAGCAGGAGGAGGAAGGCGACAGCAGAGACAGCAGCGAGGACUCCUCCAGCGAGUCCGGGAGUGAGAGUGCCAGCGAAUCCGAAGGAGAAAACAAGGGGUCAUCCAAGAGAAAUUCCAAGGCCAAAGGGCAGAGUGAUUUUGAAGAUGGAAAAAAGGAAAGUGACAAAUCAAAAAGUUCGGAUUCCUCCAGUGCGGAAUCUAGUUCAGAAGAUAGUUCUUCGGAUUCUGAAUCAGAAUCUGAGUCUGAAAGUGAAACUGAAUCCAGAAAUGUCAAUAAGGAGAAAGACAAGAAAAGAGAUCAAGAUAAAAAAGUUGUGUCACUUCUAGAUUUAGAUGAUUUUAACCCAGUGUCCACUCCAGUUGCGCUUCCUACAACAGCCCUUUCUCCGAGCUUGAUAGCUGAUCUGGAAGGCUUAAAUUUGUCAACUUCUUCAUCAGUCAUCAGUGUCAGCACGCCUGUGUUUGUGCCGAUGAAGACGCACGUGCUCCUUCACCGAAUGAGUGGAAAAGGACUAGCAGCCCAUUAUUUCUUUCCCAGACAACCUUGCAUCUUCGGCGAUAAGAUGGUCUCUGUUCAAAUCACAUUAAAUAAUACCUCUGAUCGGAAGGUAGAAAAUAUCCACAUAGGGGAGAAAAAACUUCCUACAGGCAUGCAGAUGCAUGUUUUUGAGCCAAUAGAAUCUCUUGAGCCUGAGGGAUCCAUUACCGUUUCAAUGGGUAUUGACUUCUGUGAUUCCACUCAGACUGCCAGUUUCCAGUUAUGUACGAAGGAUGACAGCUUCAUUGUCAAUAUCCAGCCACCUGUUGGAGAACUGCUGCUACCUGUGGCCAUGUCCGAGAAAGAUUUCAAGAAGGAGCAAGGAAUGCUUUUAGGAAUGAAUGAAACUUCUACAGUGAUUAUUGCUGCACCACAGAAUUUCACAUCCUCUGUGAUCCUUCAGAAAGUUGUAAAUGUUGCCAAUGUAGGUGUAGUUCCUUCUGGCCAAGAUAAUAUUCACAGGUUUGCAGCUAAGACGGUGCACAGUGGGUCACUGAUGCUAGUCACCGUGGAACUGAAGGAAGGCUCUACCGCACAGCUUAUCAUAAACACCGAGAAAACCGUGAUUGGUUCUGUUCUGCUGCGAGAGCUGAAGCCUGUCCUGUCCCAGGGGUAACCUGCUUACAUCUGGACUUCAGAAUCUGGCACACAACAAAAGUGCCUGGCAUCCACUACUGCUGCCUUUCAUUUAUAAUAAUAGCCCUUCCAUCUGGCAGUGGGAAAGAAUACACUCUUGACAUUCUUGUCUUCUGCUUUAGAAUGCUGGUGUGUAUCUAUCAUGUAUGCAGUACUUUCUCCCUUUUUCGCUUUGCUAACCAAAGAACAUAUAUUUUAACUGUCAGUUAUCUCAACUCUCGAAUCCAUGUGGCAUUUUCCCUGUCCUGCUCCUUCUUCUGGCCUUCUCUACUUUCUCCUCUUUUUCAGCAAUGAUGGACGUGAAUUGGAUGUUUAAAGUACACUGGAAAUCAUCUUUCCUCCCUCUGUAGCAGAAAUUAGCCUAGAAAGAGUCGAAAUGGCCUCUCAGCUUGGUAUGUGAAAUGGAAUAGCAUACUUUUAGAAUUAUAUGCAAAAAAUGACAAGAUUUCUGGGGAAAUGCAGUCUGUGAAUUUCCUGGCAUUAUGAUUGGUUAUUGACAGCUAUCAUCAUGAAAUUAUCUCAAUAAGAAGAAAAAUAAACAUGACUAUGAAUAGCAUUUGUCUUGCCAUUUUUAAUGAGAAACUGUUUAUAAUCCUGAAGUUCACAUGCUGAGCCUUCAUUAUUCUAAAGUAAAUACUUAGGAUAUUUAUAUUACACAGGGACAGAAUGGAGUGUAGUCAGUAAAAGACAGAUCCUUUAAAACCAGGUAGAUUUUUCUCACUGUGAUAUAGGUAGUUAACUCCAAGGGCAAAAGUCAAAUGUUAAAAAGAGAAAAGCUGCCAUAUUGCAAAAUAAAAUAUCUCUUUUCAGGUAAUAACAUAUUAGUAGAGCUCUGAUUUCAGGAUCCAGUAGACCUCCUGAAUACAUUCUUUCAAUCUUCUUGUCUGUUUAUAAAUCUAGAUGCUCAAUUUUCAAUAAUUGAAAGGCCUUUGGAAACUAGUAUAAACUUAGUGAUAGAGCAUGUGGCUUGCCUGUUACUGACACCACGUGGUCCCCAAACACCUGCCUAUGAGUAACCUCUCAAGCACUGCAAGGUGUGUCCCAAAAAAGAAAAAAAAAACUUUUAACUGUAGACACUUUAUUUCAUCCUCCCUGUUGCUGUUGGUUUGAGGGCGACACCCAGCAGUGCUCAGGGCUUACUCCUAAGCUACACUCUGAGAUCACUCCUGGUGGGGUUGGAGGAGCAUAGGGGUGCCAAGGAUUUGCCUCAUGCAAGGCAGGCUCCCUACCUGCUGUACCGUCACUCCAACCUCUAUUUUAUCCGUUUGCCCCUUUUUUGAUAGUCCCACCGUGGUGCUUUCCUGCUGAUGCCAGGGAUCAAGUCCAGGCCUGCCUCGUGCACAGCGUGCGCUCCAGCCCGAACUGUAGAAAUUUUAGGAAGUGGUUAAGGGGCUGGAAAGGCAGUACAGGGUUUAGGAGCUUAUCUGGCACGGGGCAACCUCAGUUUCAUCUGUGCACCUCCACUUCACAGGACACAAACAGCCCCACAUCCUUGGACCUUCAUCUUGAACGACUCACCCAGUUGGCCAAGAACCACUAGGAUUGUCUCCCGGACUUCCAGAGACCACUGGGAGGCCUGAUAGUAGUAAUAGUGAUGAUGCAUCAAUAAAUAAAAAAUAGUUAAGUGAGCAGUAUAUUAGCACUUUUCCUUACGGAACGUUGUUUCUAACUUAGGUGAGUUAGUUUGGCCAUUGUUGUAAUGGUGUUGGCUUUUAUGGUUGCGAUGUGCAAAGUUAUUGCACCUCCACUAAAAUGCCCAAGACCAGGCCAGAGCGAUAGUCCAGUGGGUAGGGCAUUUACCUUGCCCAAGGCCAGCCAGAGUUUGAUUCCCAGCAUCUCAUAUGGUUCCCCAGCACCACCAGGAGUAAUUCCUGAGUGCAGAGCCAGGAGUAACUCCUGAGCAUUGUCAGGUGUGACCCAAAACAACUAUAAAGUGCCCAACACCUCCAGCACUGUCCUGUUGUCACUUCUCACCCACCUCUCCCUCCCUCCUCACACAGCUUAGCCAUCUCAGCUCUGCAAGCCAAGACCAAGGGUUGGUAGGUUACUGCUCCUCAGUGACUCUACACAAUUGUCAAACCUUUUCCUAAGACUUUGACACCUUUCACAAACCAAUUGAAAUUUUACCUCUCUGACAUAAGAUACCAUUACAGAUUUCCUUUAUGUAGAGCAAUGUAACUUUUUUUUUAAUUAUUUAUUUUUAAUUAGUGAAUCAACAUGAGGGUACAGUUACAGUUUUAUACAUUUUUGUGCUCGUGUUUUCCCCAUACAAAGUUCAAGAACCCAUCCCUUCACCAGUGCCCAUUCCCUACCACCAGUAAACCCAGCAUCCCUCCCACCCUCCCCAGUCCCGUCUCCCCCCACCCCACACUGCCACUAUGGCAGGGUA